AGGCCGUUGAGCAUCAAUAGAACGCAACGUUUUUGCCCCAACCGUUGGUGAUUACGUCACGGCGUUAUGCGUGUGGAGGUGCGCGCGAGGCGGCAGUAGGUCGCUGCGGUACUGGGACGUCCGCCACACAGCAGUUCUGCGGGGAACGGAGCGUUACUUGACGCCGCACACAUUUAUUUAGAUAAAGGUGUCCUUGUCUUCUCUAGAUGAACUACGAGCAGCCCCCUCCAUACUCGGGCCCUGCGCCAGGUGCCCCGGGAUAUCCUCCCCAGGGGUACCCCGUCCAAAAUCCUGCCUACCCAAGCUGUCCCCCAGGUCCCAUGGGGCCCUACCCUCCUCCUGGGCAGCCAGGUUACCAGGGAUACCCUGUGCCUCCCCAGGGACAGUAUGGAUGGCAAAAUGCUCCCCCACCCGGACCAAUGUAUGGGGAAGCACCUAAAAACACAGUGUACGUGGUGGAAGAACGAAGGCGAGACGACACAGCGGAUACCUGUCUGACUGCCUGCUGGACGGCGCUCUGUUGCUGCUGUCUUUGGGACAUGCUGACCUAAUGGCUGCGCCCACCAUCCUACCUUCUCUUAUCCCUGACCUGUUGCCCCUGAACACCUCUAAUCACCCGUAGCCUCCCUGCUUCAGGGUUGUGCUCCUCCUGGACACAUUCUGUAGCAUCCUGUGGGUAGGGGUUGGAGAUCAUCUGACUGACUACCCUCAGUCUCAGGCCCAUCAUAUGUGCCUCUCCCAUCGAACCACUGCACCUGAUCUGAUCCCACCACAUUCACUUCCCCUUCCUCAGCCCUGCCUGUAAACCCGACUGAUUUCCUCCAGGACACCACCUUUUGAAGUACUGUUCAAGCUGAGUACAGUGUCUACACCUGUUCUGAUGGGCUGAAUGUUUCCACUUUGCAUGAUAGUGGUUGGUGCAGGAGUCUGCUUUUAUGUUAACAGAAUCAAAAGUCUACUAAAUGAAUGACCUUUUUAGCAGUCCUGUAUGAUUUUGUUUUUGAAAUGUCACUUUUUCUUUCUCUUGAUUAUAUUCGAAACUUGUUUUUAAUACUUACAUUCCUAGAGAGCAACUAUAUUAGAGCAUAUAUAUAUAAAGUUAAAAGGAAUUUGUUGCCUAUGCUAGACAUGAGAAUUACACA